GGUGGGAAAAGUAGGAAGCCAAACGGAGGCCGGACUUUUGCUGCUCUUUUUAUUCCGACCUUCAGCACACUUCAGCCUUUCCGCUGAGUUUGUGACCGACGAGUCUUCUCGGCUGCAGCCCGUCCGGAUGGCUUCUUUGAAUCCCGCCGGCGAGGAAGACGCCUUCGGCCGCUACCGCUCCCCUCUUGUCUCGCGCUAUGCCAGCCCCGACAUGGCCUAUAACUUCAGCGAGAGGAAGAAGUUCAGCACCUGGCGGAGGCUCUGGCUUUACUUAGCCCAGGCUGAGAAGUCAUUGGGCCUACCCAUCACAGAUGAGCAAAUAAAGGAAAUGGAAGCAAAUCUGGACAACAUAGACUUCAGAAUGGCAGCAGAGGAAGAAAAACGAUUGCGUCAUGAUGUAAUGGCUCAUGUACAUACAUUUGCCCAUUAUUGUCCAAAAGCUGCAGGAAUCAUUCACCUUGGAGCAACUUCUUGUUAUGUGGGAGAUAAUACGGACUUGAUAGUACUUCGAGAUGGAUUCAACCUGCUUCUUCCCAAGCUUGCCACAAUAAUCAAUCGUCUGGCAGAUUUUGCUAAAAAGUAUUCCAACUUGCCCACCUUGGGCUUCACUCACUACCAGCCUGCCCAGCUAACCACUGUAGGUAAACGUUGUUGCUUAUGGAUUCAAGAUCUCUGCACAGACCUUCACAAUCUUGAAAGAGCACGAGAUGAAUUAAGAUUCCGUGGGGUGAAAGGCACAACUGGCACCCAGGCCAGCUUCUUGCAGCUUUUUGAAGGGGAUCAUAGUAAAGUGGAGGAGCUGGACAGACUUGUGACUGCAAUGGCGGGAUUUAAGCGGGCUUAUAUCAUCACAGGACAGACAUAUAGUCGCAAAGUAGAUAUUGAAGUUCUCUCUGUUCUAGCAAGUCUUGGGGCAACUGUACAUAAGAUAUGUACUGAUAUUCGCCUUCUGGCCAAUCUCAAAGAAAUAGAGGAACCUUUUGAGAAAGAACAAAUUGGUUCAAGUGCCAUGGCUUAUAAACGGAAUCCUAUGCGUUCAGAACGUUGUUGCAGUCUAGCUCGCCAUCUUAUGAUUCUUGUCCUGGAUCCCCUUCAGACAGCCUCUGUGCAAUGGUUUGAGCGCACAUUGGAUGACAGUGCAAACAGGCGUGUAUGUUUACCUGAGGCUUUCCUUACUGCUGAUAUUAUACUCAGUACUCUGCAAAAUAUCUCUGAAGGACUUGUAGUAUACCCUAAGGUAAUUGCAAGGCAUAUAGAACAAGAGUUGCCUUUCAUGUCCACAGAAAAUAUCAUCAUGGCUAUGGUGAAAGCUGGGGGAAAUCGCCAGGAAUGUCAUGAGAAGAUAAGGGUUCUGUCCCAGCAGGCAGCUGCUGUUGUGAAGCAAGAAGGAGGUGAUAAUGACCUCAUUGCACGAAUUCGUGCUGAUCCUUAUUUUAGCCCUAUUCAUGGGCAAUUGGAAACUCUCUUGGAGCCCACAUCCUUCACUGGUCGUGCUUCCCAACAGGUGGCAAGAUUCUUGAAUGAAGAAGUCAUACCAGCACUGGUCCCUUAUCAGAGCAAAAUGGGUGUGAAAAUAGAACUGUCUCUUUGAAUCAGUAUUUUAUGGGUGGCUUGUGUAGAAAGAGUAAUAAAAUACUUUUAAGAAUUAAA